AAAACAAAUCUAGCGUUCAAUGAGUGAAAGCAUUCAUUCAUUCAAACAAAUCAUUGUUUAUUUCAUUUGAUUUUAUAUUUAAUUUACAAUAAAUUGUUAAUUGUUUUGUCAAUUGUUUAGCCGUUAUAUUGAGCGCCGAUUUGUUUGCUAUUGAAUUGUGAAUCAAAUAUAAAAAGUGUGACAAAUGUCUGAAACUCCGAUUGAGAUCGACAUGGGCGAAAGUCCCGCGCACUCGACGUUUGGCACGAAUCCCAUUGUCAUUGAAGAGGACGACGACAUCCAAGUGAUGGCAUCGCUUCCCAAUCGGAACCACACGAAGACGUCGCCCAUGAACUCGUCGGACACGUCCGGCCACUCGUCCGCAGGGAAGUCGACGCCACUGUUGUGCGAGAAAUGCAAGACCGAGACCGUGGAGAACGGCGUCACCACCGAAGACAUGACGUCCAAAGACUAUUACUUCGAUUCGUACGCUCAUUACGGCAUCCAUGAAGAG